CUGCGUAGUGAACUCGGAGAGCAGACAUCGCGCUGCCAGCCAGCCCCUCACUUCGCGUCAAAUCCCGCGAGAUCUCCCACCCUCGACCUCAACCUUGGCGAAGGAGAAGUGAGUCGGUCGGUAGUGGCCGCUGAGUCUGCAGCACCUGCCUCUGCAGUACCCUAAGCUGAGUAAAGCUCGCGCGGAGUUAUUUUAUAUAGAAAUCCUGUGGCACCCCUGUACGGAGUGAUGAUUAUACAAAGAGUGGUAUUGAAUUCCCGACCUGGAAAAAAUGGCAAUCCGGUGGCAGAGAAUUUCCGAAUGGAAGAAGUCAACUUGCCAGAUACUGUCAAUGAAGGGCAAGUACAAGUCAGAACUCUUUAUCUUUCUGUGGAUCCUUACAUGCGUUGUAAGAUGAAUGAAGAUACAGGCGCUGCUUAUUUAGCACCGUGGCAGCUAUCUCAGGUGGCCGAUGGUGGCGGUGUUGGCGUUGUAGAAGAAAGCAAGCAUACAAAUUUGACUAAAGGCGACUUUGUGACUUCUUUCUAUUGGCCUUGGCAAACCAGGGCUAUUCUGGAUGGAAGUAGCCUUGAAAAGGUUGACCCACAACUCGUGGAUGGACAUUUUUCAUAUUUUCUUGGAGCUAUAGGUAUGCCUGGUUUGACUUCUUUGAUUGGGAUACAGGAAAAAGGUCAUAUAAUUGCCGGCUCUAAUCAGACAAUGGUUGUCAGUGGAGCAGCAGGUGCCUGUGGAUCCUUGGCCGGGCAGAUUGGCCAUUUGCUGGGCUGUUCCAGAGUGGUGGGAAUAUGUGGAACACAGGAGAAGUGCCUCUUUUUGACCUCAGAGCUGGGCUUUGAUGCUGCAAUUAAUUAUAAAAAAGGGAACGUGGCUGAACAACUCCGAGAAUCAUGCCCUGCUGGAGUAGAUGUUUAUUUUGACAAUGUUGGUGGUGACAUCAGUGAUACAGUGAUAAAUCAGAUGAAUCAGAACAGCCACAUCAUCCUGUGUGGUCAGAUUUCUCAGUACAAUAAAGACGUGCCUUACCCACCCCCGCUCCCGCCCGCGGUGGAUGCAGUCCUGAAGGACAGACACAUCACAAGGGAGAGAUUUCUGGUGUUAAAUUAUAAGGAUAAAUUUGAGCCUGGCAUUCAACAGCUGAGUCAGUGGUUUAAAGAAGGAAAGCUAAAGAUCAAGGAAACUGUGAUAAAUGGAUUGGAAAACAUGGGAGCUGCAUUCCAAUCCAUGAUGACAGGAGGUAACAUCGGAAAGCAGAUAGUUUGCAUUUCAGAAAUUUCUUUGUAAUCUUUUUCAUCAAAGAAAUCACAUAUUUUUUCCCAUUGUACACAAAAUAUUGAAGAUGCAUUUAAACAACUUAAGAGUACAGAGUCAGGCAUGGUGGAACAUGCCUGAAAUCCUGGCACUUGUGAGGCUGAAGCAAGAGGAUCCCCACAAGUACAAGGCCAGCCUGGGCUACAUAGUGAGUUAAAGGUCAACCUGAAUUAUGUAGUGAAAUUGUCUCAAAGAACAAAAACAAAAAACCCAAAACCCUAAGACUAUAGAUAGAUCGACUUAAAUGUGAUCAUAUGUGAUUUUUUUCUUAAUGGUAUAAUUUAAAUCUUUUUCUGUAUCUUCAGUAUUAUAUGCACUCUACAUCUAACACAUGGUUAUUUAUAAUAAUAGAUGAUUUAAAAAUAGAUUAUUAAUAACAUAAUCUAUUUUUCAUUUUUGUUAAAACUAAUGUUAUAGGGCUGGGGGCUUAACUCAGUGGCAUAAGUGCCUGCCUGGCAAGCGUGAGGUCCUGAGUUUGAUCCCCAGUACAAACAAAACAAAAAAACCCAACUGAUGUUAUAGACAUUUGUAUCAGAAUUCUGAAGCCACUGGAGAUUUGGUACAACUGUUAAUGGUUCAUAUACAAUAGAUUUUUAAAAUGGAAUAACAUUUAUUUAAAAUGAAAUAAAAAUUCUGUUGAUUCUGA